AUGAAUCGCGAGGCCAAUAGGAUGAAUACUUUUACGAACUGGCCAACCUCAGCGCCAGUGGAACCAUCGAGGAUAGCUAAGGCGGGUUUUUUCUACACUGGUCAUGGGACCGAAGUUCAGUGUUUUAGUUGCGGGCGUAAAAUAUCCGAAUGGAAUUACGCAGACCAAGUGAUGUGGAGACAUAGAACGUUAGAACCGAAUUGCGCGUUCGUAGUUAAUCCUGGUUUAUCAGGUAACGUACCGUUAGUGUUAGGUCGUGAGUGUUCCGUACAAUCUAAUCGACCAGCAGAGAUUGAGGAAGAGCAAUCCCAAGAUUAUGGAUUGACAGAAGAAGAUGAAAUGUAUAAGAGUGACUCACUGAGACUUUUGUCUUUCGUGAAUUGGUAUGAUUAUAAUGAUGAUUCUUCCGUGUCUCGUGAAGAAUUGGUGAGUGCCGGUUUUUAUCAUGCCGGUGAAGGACGACUUCGUUGUGCUUGGUGCGGAGGUGAACUUGCUCAUUUUAGGAGAUUCGGCUCACUUGAUCCUCCCCUCGAGGUACACAGAAGAUACUUUCCUCGUUGUUCUCAUGCAGCGGCUCUUGAGAUGAGUCGACGUAAUAUGUCCACGGUUUCGUCUCCGUUGUACAGUCAACCUCUUAUAACGCCUGUACAAUCACUACCUGUGUCGAUAGCGCCACAAACUUCGGGAGCUCAACAUAAUGCCCGUGUUAUGGAGGCGGGGGGUGAGUGGAGGUCUUUGGGGGUAGUGGGAGGAGGGGCGAGGCACCCCACCCGGGCCGCGCUCGCUGCAAGACUGGCUACCUUCGAGCGCUGGCCAGCGGACCGCGCGCAGGCACCCAAAGCUUUGGCCGCUGCUGGCUUCUUUUACACAGGGAUUGAUGAUCAGGUUCGUUGUUUCUACUGUGACGGCGGUCUCGGUAAGUGGGAGAGCGGGGACGCGCCGUGGUCCGAACACGCGCGCUGGUUCCCACACUGCGGGUACGUGCUGUUGGUUAAAGGGAGGGAGUUUGUGGACAGCUGCAGGAGGGAGAGACCUAGACCGUUACCACCUGUGAGGGGUACCCGUGAUGCUCUCAACUACCCGAUAACAGAAAGUCAGAUAGAUGAAUGUAUGGAGAGUGGACCCGCUAUGGCUGCUUUGAGUGCGGGUUUAGAUGCAGCCAGAGUGAGACGUGCUGUUGUAAGGAGGCUACAAGCAACAGGAGCGCCUUUCACAUCGUCAGAAGCCCUAAUAGACGCCGUGUUAGACGGCCAGCUGAAUGAAGAAGCUUGGUUGGUGUCACCUUCAUCACGAGCUGCAAGGGACCUACUCGCUGGCACACUGAGAGGAUUUGUGCCUACAUCUGGAUUAUUCCAUUCUCACGUGGAUGAAGACAGAUCAGAUAGUCGAGCUUCACAAUCAGACAGUCCGGCUGCCUCGCCAACACCCACACAGAGCGUCGCGACACACACAGACACAGAAACACGCACAGACACAGAAAUACGCACAGAAACACACACAGAGACACAGAAGAAUAGUAAUAAUAACGAACCAGAAGAAUCAGUGAAACUCAGUCUACAAGAAGAAAACAGACAAUUGAAAGAAGCUAGGAUGUGCAAAGUUUGUAUGGACAGUGAGGUAAGCGUGGUAUUUCUUCCGUGCGGCCAUCUUGUGUCAUGUGCGGGUUGUGGCGCAGCCCUGGGGGCGUGUCCCCUGUGUAGGGCUCCAGUGAAGGCUCUGGUCAGAGCCUACCUCGCUUAG